UGUUUCUCAUUUUAACAGAAAUAAUCCUCACGCUAUGAAUAACUUUUGUCAAUUUGUAUAGUCUAUGUAGAAUGAUUGCAAUAUUUAAUAUGUGUUGUCAGAAGACACAAAUUUGCCAAAAAAGUGUACGAAAAUGCUUCCACUUUUCAAGGAAUUUUUGCUGUUUGUCGCGAAGAACAUAUGCAACUCAUUAUGACACACUUGGUAUAUCCAGUGAUGCAAAGUCAUCUGAAAUAAAAGAAGCAUACAUCAAGAAAACCAAAGAACACCAUCCUGAUACUGGACAAUCGGAUAAUGUAGAUGAUUUUCUGAAAAUUUCUGAAGCUUAUGAGGUGUUGAGCAAUCCGUCCACAAGAAGACAAUAUGAUUUCCAGCAAUAUGGAAAAUCAUCCGAUUAUAAUAGAUUUAAAUCCGGAGAAUAUAAUAUACCAAGGCAUGACCCCGAGUUUGAUAGAGCUCUAAGAUAUCAAAACAAAAAGGCGUCAAAAUCCCAUUCUGAAUCCAGAUCAUUUGAUGAUGAGCCAAUAAAAAUGGCAUUAUCUGGUAAUGCCAGAGUAAUAUUAGACUAUUUAUUAGCUGCUCUAAUAUCAAUAAGUGUUGCUAUUAUUUAAUAAGUCGCCAUCAAAGGACAAAAAGUGAGCAAUCAAAAGAGAACGAAGAUUAAAUUUUAAUGCUUAUUAUAGGAGGCGCAGUUCUUACCACUUCAUGGCAGCUCCUGCCACGAACGAGCCGCGGCAGCUCUUGCCAUGGUUUUAUAGCGCUAUUCAGUAAUCAGUA